AGGUGGAUCUGUGGCAGCCCUCAGUGUACCUGAAAACAGCUGGCAAGUUAUCAUUAGCCUUAAUUUGCACUGACACAGACAAGGACUGUUUUGUUUUUCAAGGUUUUUUUUUAUUAUUAUUUAUUUUUCUCUCACAAACAUCACAUUCUCAUACAGAACCUAGAAUGUGGAAUAUAUUUCAGUUUCUCACCUCUGGAUUAUUGGCUGCUAUCAGUCCAGAUGCAUCUCAAGUUGAGUAUCGUUCUUGCAGCUAUGCUGGUGUGUUUCAUGUGCGGGUCAGUUCCAAUUACUCGCUGACCUCUCAGCAGGCGGAUGAGCUGUGCCAGAGCCUGUUCAGCAGCCUCGCCACUGAGGACCAGAUCAGAGAGGCCUAUAGCAAGGGGCUGGAUACGUGCAGGUAUGGAUGGAUUAAUGACGAGAGAAUCUUAAUGCUCCAACGUGAACUUCAACCAGACUGCCCCUCCAAUGGAACAGGGGUGAUCUUUCUUGCAGACACACCAGAGUCUAUCUCAGAUGCCUACUGCUAUGAUCCCGCAGUUACAUCAGAGUUGGAUUGUGAAGAAACCAAGGCUCCUGAAUCUGUAACACCACCAGACCCACAGACAACUGAGGAGUCUACUGCAGCGGUAACAUCUAAUCCUGGUCCUACUGACGGUUUUAUUGAAAAAGCCACUACAGCAGAUUCUUCAGAAGGGGACGGUCUUGAGACCAAAAACCCAACUGUGCAGACAGACACAGAAACAACCCCUGACGCAAUAGAGCCGAUUCCCGAGGUCCAGACGCCCACAGAUGAUCCUGAGGAUAACAAGGAGGACGCCACAACGCCUUCCGAAUUAACCCCCACUGAUGGGGAUGAGGUAAUGGAGGUCACUGGGCCUGUUGAGCCAACUACUGAAGAACCCACAACUGUGACCGAGGAGGGGAAAGAAGAGGCCGGGGAUGCAACAACUGAGGCCAAGCCUGCAGAAGACAGUGACACUGACAAUGCUACCGCCACAACAAACGAUGUAGAUGAUUCGUUUCUGCUGGUGAAUGGUACAGAGUCAACAGACAUCUCAAACACCACGGCCCCUGCUGGAACUUUGGAGCCAUCUGAGGUGAACCCCACCAAGCAAGAUGGAGAUGAAGCCCUUGCACUCUCAACCGUUAGUCCAGUGGAUGGCACCACGGCCGAUACUGACACUUUUACAACUUCUGAGUCUCAAGAUACCGAUGCGGAAGGCGAUCCAGACAGCAAGGAAGAAAGCACCACUGUAGUAUCCUCUGAUGAUGCGCCAGAGACCACCACAGAGACUCCAGCUGACCCAGAUGUUGACUUGAAGGAGGAAAAUCCAAAUGGAAAUAACAUAAGCUAUGGUCUUCCUUCUCCGAGAGGUCGGAUGGGACCAAAGGUUAUUGAGUCAUUCACUGUACCAAACCCAGCAGCUCGAGAGGAGGGUGGCACACCUGCCUGGCUGAUCAUCUUCUCAUUCGUCAUGGUUGUUGGAGUCUUGCUCUGUGUGUUUGCCGCUGUUGCCACCAAGGAAAGGUGGUAUGGACCACUACGUGAGAAAGUCAGAGGCAAGGACAGCAGUGAGGAGACUGAGAAAAAAGCAGCAGUGUCUUUGUCUACGGGCAGUCAACAGGAAAUGGUGACACUCAUGAACAGAGGUCCAGUCCAGACGAACGGCAGGGCAGAGGAGUUCACCGUGAUCGCCCUGGAGGAGCCUCCAGAGAAGGAGUUCUUGGCAUGAGAAGGGAUCCACAGAGGCUGGGACAGACAGACACACACACACACACACACACACACACACACACACACACACAGAGAGAAACACACACACAUACACACAGAGAAACACACACACACACACACACACACACACACACACACAAACACACACACACACACACACACACACACACACACACACACACACACACGCUAAUGGAGCGAAGACAACAAGUGAACAGUGAAGUGCCAUGUCAUCAAACCCAGUAACUGUAGAAUGUGCACAUGAGUAACAGUUCUGGAAAUCUCUUCCUUGUUGUACAGCAGGGCAUCACCUUACAUGUGCAUAUUUCAAUAUUAGUGGUCAAGAUGUCAAGUUCAAUUACUAUUUAUGUUUCAGAAUCGAUGAAAUGAAAAUAUGGUCAUAACAUUAAAUGUUACAGUGAAUUGUUAAAUGUUUGAAUUACCUUAUAAUCUCUUAAUAUUCAAGAUUCAGGCAAAAUCGCAAGCGUUUCCAUGCAGAAUGAUAAAGGUUUAAUUACACACGUGAUGGCAGAGGUUCUCAGUCUUGUUGCCGGGACAACCCUACUCAGCACAUUUUCAUGUUUCCCUGUUCUGCUUACCCUACUGGAGCCCCCUUCAUUAGCUGGACACGGUUGCUAUCACCGUGCUUGCAGUGACAGACGGAAUAUGGUGUGAGCGUGGGAAAUCUUGCAUUAUUGGUUAUGUUCAAACAUAAUAUAUUUUCCAUGCUGUCAUCAGGACAUGCCUUCAGGAAUCUUCGGUCACUGUGCAUAUGUAAAGCCAUACUAAUGUUUCUCUCUAUUUAACAAAUGAUUUGUCUAACUGUGUAUGUGUUCAUUUAUAGUAUACAGCAUAAGAUGCACUGAACUUGAGAAGAAAUUAUUGCCAGUAAAUGUUUGUUUCUUA